AGUAGGCCAUAAAUAAUGCGUUGGAAUUUGUUCCAGCAUGUUGUUAGCGGCGUAACUCCGCAAACAAGACCCGGUCACCAGAUCUGUCACUUAUCCAUCAGCAUUUUUAAUUUUCGCACGGAAAACGUCUCAAAACCGCCACAACCGAACCCGAAUCGGUACGUAAACAUUUAUUUUAUAAAUUACGUCGUUUCCCUCCAAAUUUCUAAUUGUUCAAGGUUCUCAACCAAGCCAAGCGUCAUUCCCGUCGCCCAAUCAAUAGUCAACAAGCUUACCCGCUGCAGAGAUCAUAUCCAAUUGGAUUGUUCAGGUCACGUGACCCGUGUGCGCGUGCGCCUUUGCCAGUAUUUAUCAUUUGGCGGCAAUCGUCGUGUAACCGUUUAUUCGUGCUCAGUCGACAGAAGCGUUAGUAAACUUCAGACAAAAAUGGCUGGCGGUAAGGCAGGAAAGGAUUCAGGGAAGGCCAAAGCGAAAGCGGUGUCGCGGUCGGCGCGCGCCGGACUACAGUUCCCUGUAGGUAGGAUCCACAGACAUUUGAAAAACCGUACGACGAGUCACGGGCGUGUGGGGGCGACCGCCGCCGUUUACUCGGCCGCUAUUUUGGAGUAUCUCACCGCUGAGGUGUUGGAACUGGCAGGAAAUGCCAGUAAGGAUUUGAAAGUGAAGAGGAUUACACCCCGCCACUUGCAGUUGGCCAUCCGAGGAGAUGAAGAAUUGGACAGUCUCAUUAAGGCCACAAUUGCUGGUGGUGGUGUCAUCCCUCACAUCCACAAAUCCCUCAUCGGAAAGAAAGGUGCACAUUCACAACCGGCAUAGAGACCAGCAACUUAAGUAAUAGAAUAUAGUUUUAUAUAAAGACUUGACGAUGUGUCAAUAAUGUGUUUUAAUAUUGUUGGGCACAUUUAAUUGUAUGCAAGACUAUGCAGUCAUGUUAAAAAAAAAAUAUUAAAUUAUUUUCAUUCAAUUUUAAACUUCAAGCCGUUCAUUAAUUAUUGGUCAGACUCGACCAAUUUUAAUUUGUGUUUUGAUAAUUGUACUGACUUUGUUUGAAUGUGCCUUGUCCAUUAAUAUUAAUUUCAAUAUGUAUUUAGACAUAGAAUUAGUACAUAGCUGUUCAUUUUUUACAUUUUAAAUAAACAGAUUUGUGUUCAUUUCAUAUUAAUAAAGUUUCUAUAUUACUGAUUGUA